ACAUGCCACACGAGGAGCGCGAUCGGAGGUCAAGGGCCACGACUAUUUGGCUCACAAGGAGUCUCUGCGCGAUGAGCCUCGUGCUCAGUGAUCCUGAGUAUAAAGAGCCACAGGAAACACUCCAUCGACAGCGCAAAUCAUGUCGAUCAAUUUGUCGAAGAGAAGCAAGUUCACGGAGUCGCUCAAGAAGCGAGCGAGCGGUAGUACGCUGUCAAGUAUGGGAGCAGACCCGCUCAACCCCAGCUACGUUCAAAGUCAACUCGAGGAGGCGCGGGCAUCGCUCCGGAGCCAAGGCGACACGCUCAACGAUCUCGAGUAUGAGCGCGAUGCCCUCAAGCAAGAGGCAGGAAAGGCCUUUGUAGAGCGUGAUGAAGCGCAUGAGAGCGUCCAGAAGCUGCAGGAAAUGCUCGAUACCAUGCGACAGGAGCUGGCAGAAGCACGCCGGAGCUCGGUAGCUCAGGACAGAUUAACGGCGUCUCCUCAGCACCGACUGAUUGAGAUGGAGGCUGCCAUCGAAGCUGAACGGCGCGCACGACAUCUCACGGAAGACGCCGCUAAGCGUAGCAUCGCGCAGCUCGAAGACGAGCGAGACGCCCUCAAACGCGGCUUACAGGCCGCUCAAGGGGAGUGCGCCGAAGCGAAGGCGGCAUCGCAGGCGGCACGAGACGCAAAGGACUCGUUUCGAGAAGAGCUCUUCACUACCCAGCUCGCGCUUAGACACCGUGUCGACGAGCUGAACAUGUUGGAGGACCGUCGCAUCGCAGUGGAGCUGGGGGUGACUAGAGGUGCUUCGAAAGGCGGCGGAGGCAGAGGACAAACUGGACAGAAUUCAACAGAAUAGAAUCUAUGAGCUGGAGAGUGCGCUGGAGGCGGAACGGCGUGCCCGACAAGCAGCUGAACUAAAGGCCACGGGCGGCGGGGACUUUGAUCAGCAUGGCGCACGCUCGCGACGAGAUCCUGAGGCAGAAGUGGGAACUCGCGGCG